GCGCGCUUCGAAGCUGUGCAAUCAAACUGUGUUCUACCUUUCCUGAAAAGUUUGUUUGAGAGAGAUCAACCAAUGGAGUUGACAGAGAAGGCCAUGUGGGUCUUGAUCGAGGAGGCCGUGAUCCAAGACCGCGGAGAAGACGAGGAGGAGGUAUUGGCGCAAAUGGUGCGGUCAUACCUCGCUCGACGUGGCCUGGCGGAUACCCUGCACACAUUUGACGAGGAGCAGCGCGCCUUCUGCGGAGUUUCUCGCGCGUUGCCGGUGAGUCGCACGACGAGCGCCAAGGCGGCUGACGAGUGUGCUGCAGAAAAGGACGCUGCGAUGGUAUCUGGCAGCAGCGCACCGCUAGCCGCAUCGAGCGGGCAUGAAGAACACGAAAUUGACCGCCGCAAGUCGGCACAGCUCCUCUGUUUGCAGGAACGAUUUGAUGCUGCGGCGGCGCUCAUGCCGCCCACGUCUCUAGCGCGGAUCCGUCUCCUCUGCAUACAGGCGCGGCACCUCACCGACAUCGGCGACGCCGUCCUUUUUCUCGCAUCCAAUGUUGCGCCGCUGAUUCCCUUCUGUGUGAACCCCGUGUUGGGCCACGAGGUGUACACAUCCACCUUGAACAGUGUCCUCAGUCCACACCGGAAACCCUUACAACUCGACACCGAGGCACUCGCAAAGGAGGUGAAUGAUGAGCUCUGCGGUGAGGGCCAUCCUAGCAGCCUUGAUAUUCUCUUCAAUUGGGCGUACUGGCAGGAGACGUCUGCGUAG